AUGGGAGGCGUAGGGGGUAGAGGGUGCGGAAUGGGAGGUGCAGGAGCAGCAGGAAUGGCAGGUAGGGGUGAUGCAGAUGAUUAUGGUGGGGAUGGGCGGGUGGGUGGAGGGGCAUUAGGAGGAGGCAUGGGAGGUUCGGGCAUGGGAGGUUCGGGCAUGGGAGGUUCAGGCAUGGGAGGUUCAGGCAUGGGAGGUUCAGGCAUGGGAGGUUUGGGCAUGGGAGGUUCAGGCAUGGGAGGUUCAGGCAUGGGGAGUUCGGGCAUGGGAGCUGCGGGCAUGGGAAGUGCGGGCAUGGGAGGUGCGGGCAUGGGAGGUUCAGGCAUGGAAGGAGCGGGCAUGGGAGGUUCGGGCAUGGGAGCUGCGGGCAUGGAUGGUGGUCCGUUCCAGCGGAGUGGCUCGUUUGGGGAGAGUGGGGAUGCAGAUGUGAUGGAGGGCGGCAGGGUGGGGCGUGGGGUGGGGAGGAGCAGGUCGGGGAGAGUGAGGGGGCGACCAGCAUGGAGGGGUUGGAGGGGAUGGGAGCAAGAGAGGGUAUGGAAGCAGGGGACGGCAUUGGGGGUGGUGGGACUGGUGGGGUUGGCAGAGGUGGCAGGAGUGGGUUCAGGAUGGGUAGACGUGCAGGCGCCAACACUUCUCUAUAACUUGGUGUUUGGAGAGAGUCUAGUCAACGACGCCGUCUCCAUUGUGCUCUUCCGCACCUUGUGCCUCCUUCACACCUUGUCUUCCCUGUCCGUUCUUGCCUCGCCCGCACGUGGCAGACGUGCAGGCACCAAACGCUGCUCUACAACUUGUGUUCCGGAGAGAGCCUUGUCAACGACGCCGUCUCUAUCGUGCUCUUCCGCACCCUUCGCCUCCUUCACCAACCAGGAGUUCUCCAUGGCCAGCAUUGCCACUGCAAUAGAACUCAAAUUUGCAUCCUUCACCAACCAGGAGUUCUCUAUCGCCAGCAUCGCCACUGCCAUUGCGAGUUUCUCCAAGUUCGAGCUCUCUCUCGUGCUCGUCUCGGGCUACCUCUCCUACUCCGUUGCUGAGAUGCUCUCUCUAUCCGGCAUCAUGGCUCUCUUCUUCUGCGGCAUCUGCAAUGCACACUAUGGGGCAGAGGCAGCCAAGUUCGAGCUCUCUCUCGUGCUCGUCUCGGGCUACCUCUCCUACUCCGUUGCUGAGAUGCUAUCUCUAUCCGGCAUCAUGGCGCUCUUCUUCUGUACUACAACAUCCUCACACGCGUCCAAGAUCAGCAGCAAGUACGCGUUUGAAGCACUCUCCUUCAUGGCCGAGAUGUUUGUCUUUGCCUACCUGGCAUGCAGUAGAAUCUUUAGUGAAUCACUCUCCUUCAUGGCCGAGAUGUUUGUCUUUGCCGACCUGGACAUGCAGGUCUGCCAUUCCUCAUAUCAUGUGUAUCCUCAUCCAUACCUGCGCCAUGUCUCACACCAUCUCUCGCCCCGGCAGGUGGUGGUGAUGCAGCAUGUCAUCGACUGGGGUCUGCUGCUCUCCGCCAUUCCCCUCAUACCAUCUCUAUCCCCAUCCCUCUCCGCCAUUCCCCUCACACCAUCUCUAUCCCCAUCCCUCUCCGCCAUUCCUCUCAUACCAUCUCUAUCCCCAUCCCUCUCUGCCAUUCCUCUCAUACCAUCUCCAUCCCCAUCCUUCUCCGCCAUUCCUCUCAUACCAUCUCUAUCCCCAUCCCUCUCUGCCAUGUCUCACACCAUCUCUAUCCCCGUCCCUCUCUGCCAUGUCUCACACCAUCUCUAUCCCCGUCCCUCUCUGCCAUGUCUCACACCAUCUCUCGCCCUACCAGGUGGUGGUGAUGCAGCAUGUGAUCGACUGGGGUCUACUUCUCUCUGCCAUUCCUCUCUGCCUCCUUUCUCGAGCCUUCAACGUCUUCCCUCUCUCCUUCCUCUCCAACUGCACGCAGGCCAACAAGAUCCUCACCAACAUGAUUCUAAUGAUGUGCCUCAGCGGGCUAAGGGGCGCCAUUGCCUUUGCCCUCGCCCCUCAACAUGCCAUCGCUCUUCCCUGCCCCUAUGCCUCCCUGCGUUCCCAUAUCCUCCCAGGGCCAACAAGAUCCCCACCAACAUGAUUCUAAUGAUGUGGCUCAGCGGGCUGAGGGGCGCCAUUGCCUUCGCCCUCGCCCUCAACAUGCCGCAGCGCAACCCCGCCAUCAUCUCCACCACCCUCUUUGUCGUUGUCCUCACCACCGUCGUCAUGGGCGGCUCCACUUGUCCUCUUCUGCGCGCUCUGGGACUCUCCGCCGCCCACCCGCACACUCCCAAACAUGCACGCGCCUCUCUGGCUGGGAACUGGGUGGAACAGCUGCCAUCCGCGUUUGAAGACCAUGUGCUGGUGAAGUUUAGUGACCCCGAUGUGACUAUAGACGGCGAUCCUGUAGCAGAGCUCGACGUGAUCUGCUUCUCGGUCCGCCCGUCUGGGAUUUCGUCGCUAACCGAAUUCGGGGACCCGAUGAAUUUCCUGCUGACCGAGUGGGAUGAUAUCUGCCCGGAGCUUGCAGCUGGUGUGAGCGCAAGCAGCAAGGUUGGCAGCAGUGGUGGGGACACUAGCAAGGCUGGUGGUGCGGGCACUAGUAAGCCUCUGGCUCAGGAGGAGAAUGGCUCUCCUCAUCUUCCAGUCAGAAAAACGCCCCUUUAG